AUGGAUGGUUUGCACCCAACUAACAUCAUCACUGAUCAGGAUGGUGCAAUGAGGAGUGCCAUUUUGGCAACUUUUCCAAAUUCAUGCCACAGGAAUUGUAGAUGGCACAUAAUGCAGAAUUUCCAACCUGUGCUAGGAAAUGACAUGGCUAAGAAUGAAGAUCUACGGAGAGAGUUCAAUGAGAUAAUUGACCACAGCAUGACAGAAGAUGAAUUUGAAAGAAGGUGGGCAGAAAUGAUCAUCAAGUACAAUGUAGGGGACAACACACAUUUGAAGGACGUCUAUGAUCUGAGAUCCAGUUUUGUCCCUGCUUACUUCAGGGAUAGGUUCUUCCCGUUCCUACAAACUACAGCGCGUAGUGAAGGGUUCAAUGCUGUUUUGAAAAGAUAUGUUAGACCACACAACAGCCUCGUGCAUUUCUUCAGACAAUACAUGAAACUACAAGAGAAAAUUGAAGUUGCAGAAGAUGGUAAUGAAUUCGAAAUGGAAGAAAAAACUCUAAGGAUGUGGGGAGAGUGGCCACUUGAGAAACAAGCUAUACAAGUGUACGCCAGGCCCAUCUACCUGCGUUUCAGGGCUGAGAUUCGUAAAGUUACAUCUUACAAUGCAAAUCUAGUUGAGGGGCAUCUGUUUGAUGUUGUUCCAAUAACAGGAUCAGUUUAUGGAUAUGGCAAGAGAUCCUACAGGGUGGAAGCUAACAUGCAGGAAUCGACCUACACAUGCGAAUGCUCUAAAAUUAAAAGGGAUGGUUUGUUGUGCUGCCAUGCAUUGCGAGUAAUGGCUCAGGUUGGUGUUGUGGGGUACAUACCGCCGCAUUACAUACUGCCAAGGUGGCAAAUGCCACCAGAAGACAUUGUUACACAGAAAGUAGACUUGCCUGAUGUCCCUAGUGACAGGAAGUUGUCAAUUAAAGAGAGGAAGCUGAUCCGGUAUGGGACACUGUGCAAUGAUUUCACAGGCAUAGCUAAAGUAGCAUCCGAAUCGGAUAAAAGCAAGGCUAUAGCUGAUAAGUACAUGUUGGCUUUGUCAAAUGAACUUAAUUCUAUGAAGUUAAGUGAAGCAGCAAAAUGA